AUGGACGAGAUCGCUGACCGGUACACGGCGAUUGUCACACCCAGUGCCAUAGACGUGGCGCCUAAAGGGACGGGGACCGGUAGCUCAGACUUCAACGCCAUGUGGACGGCCCUUCAUAUGCCCGUCAUCAAUGUUCCCGGAUUUAAGGGUGAGGAUGACAUGCCUGUGGGGCUAUCCCUCGUCACAUCGAGGUUUCGUGACGAGCAUCUACUCCAAGUUGCGCGGCAAGUAGGUGGUCUCUUCGCCGCCAAAGGAGGAGAUAUCUGA